AUGUCGUCAUCAGAGAACUUAAAAGAAAUAGCUUUUGAAAUUAUAGCUACAUUUUAUACCUUACCUGAAAACACUUUGUUGGAAAUUUGUGAAAAACUAAAACUCUCCCUUACUGAUAAGGAUGUGAACAGGAAAAAGUUGGUGCAAACUUUAGAGAAAUUGGUAGAUGCUACUUGUCAGUCAGAAAAGAGAGAGGAAGAAGUUUUAGAAUUGAUGACAAUAGUGAAAGGAUUCAAAAUGGAAACAUUGAGUGACUCGGUGUCGAAAGUCACACUGGAUGAAGUCGAUACCAAAACAACUGAAAAUGAUGAACAAGUUCCUACCAAAGCAAUUGAGAAUGAUGAACCAGCUUCUUCAAACAGAGAAAAUCAUAGACUUAUAAGAAACUCCUUCAGUAACUCAGAAAGCAGUGACGAUGAAGACGCAUAUUAUGAGCCAAUUCCCCAAGUUAUUGCUGAACAAAGGGGUUAUGUUGAUGAUUACAAUGCUGAACACAAACACAAAGAGACUGGUAUAGAACCAGAACAGGUUCCAGAGGACACAACUCUAGAUAACCCUGUUGAGGAAGUUUUAGACCUGCCUGUAGUACCAGAAUCGCCAACAACUUCAGUUAGCGAUGAUGGAAUACGCCGAUCAAGUCGUAAUCGCCAACCACCCGCUCGACUUACAUACGACAUGGAUGGUAACACUAGUGAAUGGCGAACAUCACCAUGUUUAAUCACUGGAAUACCUGAAUGGAGGCCAGUACCAAUGAUUCAUUAUGUUGGAAAUUUUGGUCCUAGAUAUCUGAAUUAUGGUCCAGAAUAUCUGAAUCAUGGUGCAAGAUUUAACCAACCACCUAUAAGUUACCACAUGCCAAGUGUCCUACCUACUGUACUAGACUCUUAUAGACUAUUAAGUGAAGUUAGUUUGAAAUAG